AUGUUAAUAUUAUCCAUCUCAGCUUUCCCAAUUCUAAUAUUUUGCUGCAAACGAAAGAAGAAGAAUUGGAAAACCGCAUCAAGUUCCACAACAAAUUGCAGCGGAACAUUGAAAAACCCAGCACAAUCUGCAACAAAUAUCACACCAACUCAAACAACUCCACAAAAGCAGAAAAAUGGAAAAGAGGGAAAUCAAGCAGUUUCAACUUUCAAUUUAGAUGUUACUCAAAUUGAUGUUUUGCAACAACAACAGCAACAACAACCAGAUAAAAUUAUGAAUAAAAAAGAGAGACAAUCUUCGAAAAAAGUUGAAAUGAAGAAAAGAUCGCAGAAAAUGACAAAACAACAAAUUGAGAAAACAGCGAUGGCAACAACUGGAAAAGGUGCAAAACGAUCGAAACAACCAUCGCUUGUGACAACUUCGGUUACGCAAAAUGUUGAUACGAAGGAUGUGACAAAUGAGCAGACUAGGCAAAGUACCAUGUGAGUUUGGCAGAAAUCAAGGCUGAUCAAAAACACAAGCCUCCAAAAUAUUUAAAUUUUCUUUUUUUUCAGUGGAGCUGAGCCAGAAUUCCUUCCAUCUGAUCACGAAGAUGACACUUUACGAUGUGUAAAAAGUAUACGAAAAUCAUAA